GGGGGGCCAUAAUCAGUGACGGACCCGCAUCCAUCCGGUUGUCUUCGCGCUUCUGAAUGUGCGCUUUUGUUGCUUAUGGCUACAAGACAUUGAAAUGUUCUGUCCGUUUUGUGCUGUGCAACUGGGGGACGCUCCCAAGUUUUGCCCGUCGUGUGGUAUGAACGUGGGGUUCCUUACGGAGCGUCCAUCCACGUCAUCAAGCGUAGGCCAUGGGCCUACAGAGGAUGACCUAAUACGUGCCUACUUCAGAAAGGACCACUCCAACGAGAUUAUUAGAGAUUUUUUGGAGUCAAAGCAUGGGAUUGUUAUGAGCCUGAAAACUCUAAAAAGAAGGCUGAAACGGUUAAACCUAAGUCGGAGAGCAAAUUACACUCCACUGGAGACUGUGAAUGCUGCCAUCACUACUGAAUUGAAUGGCUCAGGACAGCUGUUGGGCUACAGGGCUAUGUGGCAGACCCUGCGACAGAAGCAUUCACUGACAGUAAAACGAGACAAUGUCAUGCAAGCCCUCAGAUUAUUAAAUCCAACAGGAGUAUCUCUCCGUCAUAGGCGCAGAUUUGUUAGGCGAUCCUAUUGCGCCGCAGGACCCAAUCAGGUGUGGCACGUGGAUGGCUAUGACAAGCUCAAGCCCUUUGGGAUUGCCAUCAGUGGCUGCAUCGAUGGGUAUUCAAGGCGGGUUAUGUGGCUAAGUAGUGGUAGCACCAACAACGACCCUGCAGUAAUCGCUCAACAUUACCUGCAGUGUGUUUCGAGCUAUGGCCUUCCGGCUCGUCUUCGGACAGACUGUGGGACAGAAAAUGGAGACAUGGCUGCCAUCCACUGUUCUUUAAGAGAGGACCACACCGAUGAAUUUGCAGGUUCUGUCAGCCACAUGUAUGGCACUUCAACUGCCAAUCAAAGGAUUGAAAGCUGGUGGUCCUUUUUCAGGAAACAGAGGACACAGUUCUGGAUGGAUUUAUUCAGUGACCUGAGAGAGAGACACUACUUCAAUGGCACCCAUGAACACAAGUGCCUUGUACGGUAUGUGUUCCUGGGCAUCUUUCAGAAAGAGCUUGAUGAGCACCGAGAGCUUUGGAAUAAUCAUACAAUCAGGCCUGUCCGUCAGUCUCUCUGUCCAUCUGGGAAACCGGAGACCAUGUACCACCUGCCUCACAGGUUUGGUGGAAGGGAUUGUGGAUUCCCAGUGGAUCCCCAAGUGUUACAGGAGUUCAAAGACCUUCUGCCACCCACAAACAGUUUGUGUGGAGAUGCUAAUCUCCAAGCAUAUUUUGCCAACUUGGAGAGACAGAGCCAGCUCGCUCCACCCAUCAACUGGCCAGCUGCUGUUGACAACUACAUUAGACUAAAGGAAAUGGCUGGUCUUUGAGAGUGAGAGAGACAGACGUAUAGCCAGUUUAUUUUCUUUCAGACAGCAUUGCCUCCAGUGUGGUAUACUGAUAUGGACACCUUUAAUGUUUGACACAUGGUUAAAUUAAAAGCAAAGAUAUUAAUCGAUUGCAAUGACUUUCCCUUACUUUUUAAACCAUCACAAUGUAUGUUUUUGGGGUUAACCCAGUGUUGAUUAAUACGGUAUGCUGAAGCUAAAGGUGACCUUCAUGUUAGAUCAGUAACAUUUCAUGACCAAUUUAUGCAACAACAAAUAAACUUCAUUCUGACGGCCCUU